AUGUCCCCCACCCCGUAUGCACGGUUCAGCCAUUUCUACCUGGAAUUAGUAGGCACCCUGCCUCUGUCCAGUGGCUGUUCCUAUCUCCUCAUUUGUGUGGAUCGAUUCACAUGGUGGUUGGACGCUAUUAUCCUGCCUGGUUUCGCUGCUACAGUCUAUCCUCUGGCAGCCAAUGGGUUGGUCGAGCAGUUUCACCGUCAGUUGAAGGCCUUUCUACGCGCCGCAGACGAUCCGGAGAAAUGGACAGACCACCUCCCUCUGGACCUGUUGGGCAUUUGCUCUUCCCUCAAGUCUGACCUUGACUGUUCCGUAGCUGAACUCGUAUUCGGUGCCACCGUCCGACUUCCCAGUCAGAUGGAAACCCUGCGAUUUGCAGUCGAGGAUCCUACCAACCUCCUACACUGUCUGUGGCAAUUCAUGCGGUCACUUUCCCCGGUUCCGCCUAGGUCAUUCGUCUCCAAAUCUUGCCUAGAGAAAGAAUUGGCGGCAUGCCCUCACGUCUAUCUCCGAUGUGAUCGAGUCGGCCGGCCAUUGGAACCACCCUCCGAUGGCCUCUUCCGAGUUAUCUCUCGGGGAACGAAGAACUUCCGCAUCCUAUUCGGAACUCGCGAGGAGGUCGUGAUCGUGGAACGUCUCAAAGCUGCUAUCCCGAACACUCCUCCGGAUGAGCCCUGUGGUCCCCUACUCCCUGCUCCACCUCCCCGGCCCUCUAUCCCUCCGUCCCGUAUGUUUCGUCUGUCCCCAUGUCCGCGACCCCCAGUUCCAACUACCACUUCGUCAACCAACAACACUGUAACCGCGAGCCGUACUCACUCUUUACCUGUGUUCCCCUGUAUAUAUCACCCUUAGUGGACGCCAUUUUCAUCUUCCUGACUGUUUGGUUACUCAUGUUUUUUAGACAUGAACACUUCCUUCGGCGUCGUUACGCGCCGCCUUCGGUCUAGCCGGAGGUACUGCAGCAGUUCGCGUCUCCUUGUCCUCCGCCUUUGUCACGCUGCCUUCCUGUCCGCCUCACACUCCUUGUCGAUCCGCUGCCGGGACGCGUGAGGCUUGUCACUAGCCUCGCGAGUGGUGAAAGUCAAUCAACGCUGUCCCUCCUCUGAGUGGAUAGCGGACGCUGGGACAACUAAAGGCGCACACAUGCGCUGGGUCUCAGAACCUCGAAGGCGGACGCAGAAAAACAACUUGCCUGGAGAGCGCGCUUGCGACGACUGCUUGCGGAUCUUUGUGCACUCAAUUCAAUAGUAAAGUUUGUUCGAACCCAAUCUGUCUUCCCUGACUUUUGCUUUAGGAAUCUUAGUCUUGUCGACCACACAUCCCACUUUCGCAGUGUCAGCAGCAGGGUAUUUGUCUAAUCUGAGUUGUAAUGCGACUCUCUGCUGGUGGAUAAGUGUCGUAACGUAGCUUGUAAAGUCGCAUAGAUUCACGUCAGUCAGUGAGUCCUCGGAUAUCGUCCUCCCUACAAAACGACAAUUUGCUCAACGUCAAUUUCAGCCACACAUGCGAUUGAAGAUGACAGUAAAGUGAGUCUCCGAGGCCUUCCGUGUGCGAGCUUGAUGACUUCAAUAACAGUCCUGCAGGUAUAAUCGUUUAAUCUGUCCAAAUUACACCUACCAUCUCAAUUUUCUGAGUUUUCACACUACUCAGACGGGCGUUUUUUAGUCUGAGAUCUGCUUUCAGCAAACCCAACCAAAUCCAACGCUUCUGUAUCCCUCUUCUUCGACCCCUUUUUCCCUUGAGAUACACCCUCGGCAAGAUUUGCGGCCACUUCUCCAAGUUUUCCAUAAGAUGGGCAUGCCAGUAUUUGACAUCAAACUCCACUCUUGUUAUAAUUACUUCAUAACACUGAAAUGAUCGAGGUUGCGCACAUGUUUUCUUUUUCUUUGUGGAAAUGUUGAAGUUGGUGUUGACGGUGAGGAGCUCCUGCUCCGCCUAAUUCUCCAGGAACAGUCCGUUGCUGUAUGGUGGUCUGCUUCGCGGCAUUUAUCUUCUUCCUCCCAGAUCGCAUGAUAUAUACCUACUCGGUAUUAAAACAACGAAGAAAAACCCACUUUUACCGCCUUUUAAGAGGCGCGAAGGCGGACAUUUCGACCUUGACAGAAACUAUCCUACUGAGACGGCAACGGGCUCGUAGCCCAGUGGGUAGAGGCGUUGACUUCUAAAUAACAGGUCGCGAUUUCGAGCCUCGGAUGUUCCACACUUCGGGGUUGAGUAUGAAUGCCGACGACGGCCAAUAAGCCAGAAAUGGCCAUUCCAGUCUCCCUUGUCUCUGCCAGUAAUGCCAUACUGCCUAUAUCAUGCGCCGCUGUGCGGCUGCUGUUUGGGCUCGAGAGAGAGAGAGCCCGUAAGGCACAACGGAACGAGUGAGUUCCGUAAGAAUGAUCGGUGAGCGCCCCCUACCAUAGAAACUAUCCUUUUUGUCAGUAUUUUUCUCGUUUUGUGUGCGUAAGCAUGUAUAAUAAAGGAAACAUCUUCCUUAUGAUAGUGCGCCUAAUUAACACAGGGGGGCUAUUUAUUCCGUGGGCAUUAUUUUUGUAGAGCCCAACUAGUAGGACAGUGAAUUGGUCCUAGUAACAUGUUUCUGCACAGUAUAAGCAAAAACCUAAAAUUGUUGAGAUAAUAUGAACUAUUUUUAAAACUUUUGUAAUACUACGUUAAGCUUACGGAUUCUAGACAGAACCGAGGCUAUUCCAUUGGUACUAUCAAGCUGAUGUUAAUAGUACGCCAACCAGGUAGUGUCGAUUCUGCAAUUUUAGUCCAUCAGCAUAGGUCCUACAGGUGAGUAGGCAGAACAACUUGAAAUAGAGGGUCGCCAUGUGAAUCAACUUGAGUAAAACCUGGUAGGGCGGAUACUGGUUGCGGUAAACUAGAAAGCACGCAGCGGCUUUUGGUAAAGAUGAGAACUUUCGAAUGGAAAAACGACGUAAGCUGUCGUGAAGGGUGUGCAGGCGAGUACUUUAGAUGUGGUAAGUCAGCUCAACAGAAAUCGAUAGAGAAGCAGUCUACCACUGUGAAACUAGGCAGAAAUUAGCAGAAUUAACUGCGCAUUCUUUCACAUAAUCUUCCUCAUCAAAAACUGCACAGCGGUCUGCAGAGGCUUAUUCCCAAACCACUAUCUUCAAAUUGCCUCCAGUAAAGAUGUCAUGGGGUUUGUUUUCGUACUUAACGUGCUGAAGUCCAGUCACAUAGUCAUUUCUGGCUGACUUAGUUGCCUCCUCGUAUGGGCGUUCUAGUUAACAGCUAAACUGCAGUGCACAGUGUUUUCGAUAUCUAUGACCACUAGUUAAGCAGGCGGAACAGACUUGGAACGUAUGUCACGCAUUGCACAAUAACCACGACGAAAAUGUUUUUGUAAGGUGUCUGUUAGUUAAUCUACGAUGAAGGAUUGGGUUUGAAGCAGCCCUUUAUACAGAGUCAGGAUCUCCGCAAAGAGAUGAGCGCAGCUCGUUUAGUCUUACAUCAUAUAGGAGUUCAUAUCAAGACUCGAGUGUGAUUUUGUACGCAGGUUGUCGACUGGAAGGACCAAUGACCGAUCCAAAUUAAGGCCGGAUAGAAUACAGUUUUCAUUCUAUUUCGACGAUGUAAUUCUAAUUCUGUCGUCAGAAGAACUUUGUAUGUUUUGCGGUGGAUUUCUGGCGUUCGGACAUUGAUUUGGAAAAAAAGCAUCUUCCGCAUAACAGAUGGCACAGCCUUCGAGACCAUAGUUAGAGUUGGGAUACGGAAAUAUGUACCCUUGCCUCCUCUAACUGGUCAUCUGUAGUAGGUGCGUACUUAUUCUCCUGUCCAACCGUGAACGAUAGUUGGCAAUUUUAACUAACCUUUCCGCGCCUCUGUAAUAAGACAUGUUAAUGUUUCGUUCAGGUGCAGUAAAUCAACCGCCAAAGAAUGGCAAACGUCAGUCGACUUGUAUUCACAAUUGGCCCCAGUAGAUCCUUUUACGCAAAAUGGACUGGAAAAUUCGGCAAUGACGUUUUCUUGGAUUUUACCUGAUUUAAACUGUUUCCCGAAAAUUGGAGUUAAGUCAUUUUAGCAAACUUAGGUAGAAGUCAAUUAGCACAAGAUAUGAAAAAGUGCCCACGGGAAACGGUUUGGAGAAGGACACCACUUAACUGAUGGCAGAUUGUGGAUCACAGCAUAGGGGUUUUUAUCUUGGCAUCCAUUCGCAGGCCUUUGUAGAUAUGACACUGUCAAUAACAAUCACUUCCCAUGACUCCAAACAAUCAUUCAAACUCCUUUGUCUUUCGAAAUUUACUUUUGGUUUAUUUUUAAUUACCACGCCCAUUUCCGUAUUCGCACGAAAGCGUACGAUGUGUCUUUCAGGAGAAGUCCAAACGAUUUCUGUGUUUACUUGCGUUUCGUCAGCUUACUGUCUAGUUCGCUGCCCCACCCGUAAAACUACCCUUAACGCCAAUCACGUAUAACACGAUCCAAAUUCUACCGAAAGUAAAGUGGGGUCCUUCUCCAUACCGUUGCCUGUCCAGAAAGUAAAUUUACCGCGUUUAGGUGCCCGAGCAAUGCUUGAUUUAAUUGACGACUCUUUCAAUAUUGCCUGAGGGUUCUUAAGUAAAGGUGAGAGGGAAGAACCCUUUGGAAGUCUGUCUACCCAACGGUGCAUCUGUGUUCUCAAUACUCUUUGCUUAAUGCCAAGCAAAUGACACGGAUAUUUCUCGGUAAGAUGUGGUUUGGUAGCCCCAGCUGAUCGACACAAUACUGUUGGGGUUGGGGUUAAGGGUUAGGGUUAUGGGUAAGGGCUGUAGGUUAGGAUUAGGGUUCCGGAUUAAGGGUUAUAGUUAAGGGCUACGGUUAGGGGUUAUCACGACUAUUUUUCAAUCAUUCAAAAUGCGACUGCGCAUUCCCAAUAGCCUUUCUUUUGCAUACAGCUACUUGACUGCGUCGUCUGUGCGUUCCCCGCUCCACCUGUAAAAACCCCUAUUACCACUGACCCCGUAUUAGAGGUGACUGGGGGUUUUUUUUACUUCAGGUGGGGCUACAACUCCACGUCCGACCGACUUCUCCCUUCGGUUGGUAUGUGAGUCACAUUUGCUGAUUCUAGCACUAUGUUAUCCCUUUCAUAAAUCCCGGGAUAGAGCAUUGCGAGUUCGGCUUAAAUGACAACAUAAAUGAGGGCAAUCGCAUCUAACGAAAUUUAAGUUGAUGUUCUGGAAAAGUUAAAUAAUGCCGGCAAAAUGCCUAACUUUCAAAACGCAUAUUUCUGUUCCACAUCAUUUGUAUCCUGUACCCUUGCUCACGUGGAACAGAAGUGUUUUACUGUUUCGCAGUCAUCAGUUAAAUUACCACCCAUGCGUGACUGCUCAUGUGUGUGUGUGUGCUCAAGUUGGGGUGUAAAACGUCAUGGCCCUUCUGGAGCAUGACACGAAGAUCCUAAAGAAAAAACUCAUGCGUCAGACGUUUUACGUCUUCGACCUCCGUUUAGCGUACACGGCGGUUUUGUUUCAAAUGCUUGUGACCUAGGUUAUUCUGCAUGUGGUGGCUGUCGAAAAUGUGCAGCAGAGAAUACUUUGCAACUUCAGCAGUGAGUAGAUAUAUUUGAUAAGUUGGCUUCAUCUGGAAAUGGAGGAUGGUAACGAGUCUCGCAAAUGUCUGGAUCAUCUAGGCCAAAUGUGUGCUCCCUGUCCCAGGAGGAUGGGAAAUACAGGAUAUGAAGCAGCGAGGUUUGAACAUAAAAGAAAAGGGACAACUGGUGAGAGGAAGAAGGAGUCAUCAGACACAUUUGGAUGUUGUUCCCAAAAGAGUACUAUUCUGGGGCAUCAGCGCAUGGUGAGUAAAAUACCAUUCGACAGAACAGAAAAGAAUUGAAGACAUGUUACUUUAAUCAAAACGCCACAUAAAAUAAAGACGACGUUUGGAUGUAAGAGAUCUGUCUGACAAUACGGUUGACAUCCUGUAGUUUUGCACGAUUUUUCCCGUUUCUGCAAACUAGGAAAACUGCCUAUAACUCUGACUACGGCAAGGAAUGGAGAAAUUAAGCGCCGGAGGAGGUGCUGCAAUCAUAUGUAAGAUAGCUGAGAUUGCCCCUACUUUGCUAUAAUCUCCUGGCAUUGUGCUCAGAAUUCUGGAAACAGUCUAAUGAGAAAGUGAAUAUAAAUCUACGUUAGAUAAAGAGACGCGAACGACUCGUCCUUCAUUGGUUCUUAAAGGGCAAGUCGUAGUAUCAGAAAAAUUGCACUUAGAAAUGACGAAUGAAAGCGAAAUUUCGAGUUCCACAUGUAUGCGUAAGUGAAGAAGAAGAAACGUCGAGCACCGGAACACUGUGGUUAUUGUCCUAAGCUUUCAGACUCGUACAGGGGUCCAUCGUCAGAGGUAGCAGCAGCAACAGCAGCAGAACAAACGACAGUUAUACGGCACGUAGGCCAAUCAUCGACCGACGGCGCAAGACUGGAGGUGACUACGCAGGGCUCUGUAUGCCGGCGCAGAUCGAUAAAUCGAUUGACCGAGUUCUCAUCCCAGGCCCAGGCCUCAAUCAAUUCUCGGCCUGGUUAGGUUUCGGCGUGGGCGACUAUUUUGGUGGCACACAAAGCAAAGUGGAUGUACUCAAAACUUAAGUCCCUCCAAGGCAAUUCGACUACCUCAGUUCGAUCAGCCUCGCAAUUCCUCAUAGACCUCCGGGUGAAAUCAUGGUCUCAUACGAUGUGACAUCGUUAUUCACAGCCAUCCCACCAAACUUGGCCUGCGAAGUCUUGCGCAAGAGACUUGAAGAGGCGUACGAUGAGACUCAGAAUGUCCUCAAAAUUGAACAGCUCAUGAGGCUGUUUGAAUUCUGUCAACAAACUUUCUUCACUUUUGCGGGAGAGACCUUUAAACAAAUCAAGGGAACCCCAAUGGGCUCACCAGUCUCCGGUUGA